AUGGGGCAAGCUCAGUACCUCAUGUUGAUGAACAAGAAACAUAUUCUGAAUUCCCAUUGUCAAGCACCGAUGAGCUUGUUCAACGAUUCGUGGGAAGAACAAGCUUUCGCAGAAGAUGCUGCAGGAGCUCUUGGAGGAUGCAUAUGGCCUCCCAGAUCGUAUUCAUGUAGUUUCUGUAGAAGAGAAUUUAAGUCUGCUCAAGCCUUAGGUGGUCACAUGAAUAUCCAUAGGAGGGAUAGAGCUAGGCUCAAACAGUCUCUUAGUCCCCACAAUGAAACUGACCUUCAUAGUCAAAAUCAUGGUUCUCACAAACCUGACUCCAAUCCCGGGCCCGGUUUUCUUUCAUCACCUCUCUCUCCUUCUAGGGUUUCAGCUUUAUCGACUCUGGAGAGUUUUAGUGAGCAUAGCUUUGUCUCUCCACCUUAUUCCUCUUCUAUUCUCCAAGGACACCCAAAGGGAUCUUCUUGUUCUUCCCCUCCAACUUGGUCUGAUUCCGUGGCAGUCACACUCCUCAGUGUCUCAGAUUCAAAAGCUGAAUUACAAAAGAAUCAAACAAAAGAAGAAUCUGCAAUCCAGAGCCAUGAGGGUAGUACAGUGGAAACUGAUUUAUCUGUGAGCUUGAAUUCAGUUUCUCGUCGAAAUCGAUCAACGGGCUCCGAUGAUGAUGAAGCCACUGUCGGCUUUAAAAGACAUAAAACUGCUGUUUUGUCACUGCCGUUCUUCCUUAACCCUUGUUCACAACAAAGGCAUCCUCUCCAACCAGAAGUACUUGGACCCAAACCUAGCUCCAUGGAGGACAUUGAUCUUGAGCUUAGGCUUGGUGAUCUGCCAAAGGUGAAGUAG